CUCUCCGGCCCCAGCGAGGUGGCUGCAAACUCGCGGGCACGCACCGCGCUCGGGGAGCCAAGGGACUCGGGGGAGGGGACGCGCGCGGAAGGCGCCAGCUUCCUCUCGCCCGCCCCUAGCAACAGCCAGUCGAGGUUGGAGGCACCCGGGGCCCCAGCACGGCAGAGCCGAGGGGUGGCGGCGGCGGUUGCUUCCCUUUUCUCCAGCCGAGCCCUGGAACGACUCAGGGACUGGCCCUAAAAAGAGCAGGAAAUCUUGUUUACCGCCCGGAGAGAGGAGCCGUUCGAGCCUUUGUCUGGAAAGUCUGCAUCUCCGGAUCCGGCUGCAAUGUGUUCCUGGUGACAUUAGCACUGGGCAGACCGGUCGGAGGAGGCGGGUAGCCAGGGUCUGCUCUGCUUUCGAAGGCGGAUCGAGAGAGUGACUUUUAUGCAUUUGUUUUAAUUUUUGGAAAUUUCUUUUUUUCCCCUCCCUCGCUCGCUGCCGGGCAUGUCCUGAUCCGGCGGCCGCUCCUACCGCCCCAGGCUGCCGAUCGUAGCGUUUCCAGCGGGUCUCCCUCCCUCACUCCCGACUUUGCUACACCGCGUUCCGGGAGGACCGACCUCGGCGAGGAAGGAGGCGGGGGAGCCACGAACACCGGACCCAAACCUUGACAUGCUCUCGGGAGGAGAGGAGGAAGCCAGGAGCUGAGCGCACCGCGAAGGCUGCUUCGCCGCGGGUUCCGAGGAGCGCCCUGCCUUGCGCCUGGGCGGCAGCCUUGUUGGUCUGGGGGGGCGCCCCCCGCUUCCCGCCUCGGAGGUCCGCGGCCGGCAGGACCAUGCUGCUGAAGGAGUACCGGAUCUGCAUGCCGCUCACCGUGGACGAGUACAAAAUUGGACAGCUGUACAUGAUCAGCAAGCACAGCCACGAACAGAGUGACCGAGGAGAAGGGGUGGAGGUCGUCCAGAAUGAGCCCUUCGAGGACCCUCACCAUGGCAAUGGGCAGUUCACGGAGAAACGGGUGUAUCUCAACAGCAAACUACCAAGUUGGGCUAGAGCUGUUGUCCCAAAAAUAUUUUAUGUGACAGAGAAGGCUUGGAACUAUUAUCCCUACACAAUUACAGAAUACACAUGUUCCUUUCUGCCGAAAUUCUCCAUUCAUAUAGAAACCAAGUAUGAGGACAACAAAGGAAGCAACGACAGCAUUUUUGACAAUGAAGCCAAAGACCUAGAGAGAGAAGUUUGCUUUAUUGAUAUUGCCUGUGAUGAAAUUCCAGAACGCUACUACAAAGAAUCCGAGGAUCCUAAACACUUCAAGUCAGAAAAGACAGGACGGGGACAGUUAAGGGAAGGCUGGAGAGAUAGUCAUCAGCCCAUCAUGUGCUCCUACAAGCUGGUAACCGUGAAGUUCGAGGUCUGGGGACUUCAGACCAGAGUAGAACAAUUUGUGCACAAGGUGGUUCGAGACAUCCUGCUGAUUGGACACAGACAGGCUUUUGCAUGGGUUGAUGAGUGGUAUGACAUGACAAUGGAUGAAGUCCGCGAAUUUGAACGAGCCACUCAGGAAGCCACCAACAAGAAAAUUGGCGUUUUCCCACCUGCCAUUUCUAUCUCGAGCAUUCCCCUGCUGCCUUCUUCCGUGCGCAGCGCCCCGUCCAGCGCCCCGUCCACCCCUCUCUCCACAGAUGCACCAGAAUUUCUGUCAGUUCCCAAAGAUCGACCCCGGAAAAAGUCAGCUCCAGAAACUCUCACGCUUCCAGACCCUGAGAAAAGAGCCACUCUGAAUUUACCCGGCAUGCACUCCUCAGAGAAGCCACGUCGGCCCAAGUCAGAGUGACCUCACCCGGAGAUCUCAUGGGUUUUAUAUUUUCAUUUUGUUGUUGUUGUUGUUGUUUUCUAAGAAUCUUCUGAUAUAGGAAAAGACUGCUUUGUCACUCAAACAUGUUCCUUUGAUCUCUGAGUGUGCAUGGGGUAAAGUAAUUUCACAAAUAAUAUGAAUCCUAAGUAUGCCACACAGCGUCAUAGUAUAUUUCAGAUGUGAGACUUGCAAAAAACCAGAAGGGACCUUCUGUAGACACAGCUAUAAGUCAGGGAGGAAGCCUUGGUAUUGGGCAUUUGGUGAGGCUGGCAUGGACUUCAAGGGUAAAUAUAUGAAAACUUCAUACCACUUUGUUGCCAAGUGUGGUAAAAUAGUAAAGUCGAUUUCCUCCCAUCAGAAAUUCUCAAAAAAAUACUCUCAGGCAUCACAAACCUAAUUGUUAAAUUUUGAACUGCUGACCACCAAUACUUGAAUACCAGUAGUUACUGAGAUUUUGAUUAAUCUGACUCAGGAUUUGGGGCCUAGUUAACUCCUUAAAUUUUUGAAAAUUUUAAUUACGAACGUAUAGAGGCUCCAAGUGCAAUUGAUGAUAACUUAUUUAUACCUUUCACAGAAUUUAAUAAUAAAGAUUUCCACUUGUUUCUGCCUUUUAAUAACUUUCCCCUUGUGCCCUUGUGGCCUCCGAAAUCUUUCAGGAUUGCAUGAACAAAUGUGACUAUAACCAAUUUAUUUUGGAAUGGUUUAGUUUAGGAACCAAGAGACCCAGGUGAAACAAGCAUCUUUUUUUUCUGUACAGGUACCAACAAACCUUGACUUGUCAGCUACCAUCAUCCGUUAAGAUUCUCAGAAUUUGCAAUUAACUGAAUAGAAUUCAUUGACUAUUUGCCCAUUUGAAGAUAUCCAAGGGUAGAAUAAGCUAACUGGGCUUUAACACUGUUAGAGGUCUGGUAUGCAGACCAUGAAAAAGGGAACUGUCUCCCAUUCCUCUCCUGAUUUUCCUUAGUCAUCCAGACAUCCCUGGAAUGGAUCGCCCACCACUAGACCUUAGAAAAGACUGUCAUUCUCUUGCUCCUUCCUUAAAAUCUAAAUUUUGGAGCCUGGGGGUAUAGCUCAGUCGUAGAGCACUUGCCUAGUUUGUGGGGGUCCCUGGGUUUGAUCCCCAGCACUAUAGAAAGAAAGAAAGAAAGAGCCAGAUAUUAGGAAUGUUGCAGAAAUAAGUAAAUACUGCCAAGGGAGAGGAGAGCAUGAGCAGAACUGGUGGCUCCUAUUUGUAAAAAGAAGGAAUGAUAGCUGGGCGCAAUAGCACAUGCCAGUAAUCCCAGCAGCUUGGGAGGCUGAGGCAGGAGGAUUGCAAGUUCAAA